CAUCUUGUUCUUGAUGUGUGAGACUCAUGUCUCCCGUACUCAGUGAAAUCCUCCUUUCUGGUUUUAUGAUCAACUCUACUCUCAGGCGCAGGACCCAUCUUGUUCAAUCUUUCUCUGUUGUUUUCCUUUACUGGUUCUACGUGUUUUCAUGAACUAUCUCAUCUUUCUGUAAC